UCCCUUCUAGGUAAUCUUUGUAUUUAUAUAAGAGCGCAUCCUCCAGAAAACUUAAGAUCCGAGAAGAUGAAUCACGCUAUCAGAUCAUUUAGAAAUUGUCAUCAUCCACCUGCUAUUUUCUUGUCUCCUAACUCAAGUCUGCUUCACAGGACUACUACGUCAAUUAUCAGUUUUAGGCGAGCCACUACUACUGUGACGAGCACACCAGGGAACCCACACAACAUGGACAAGACUCAGAACCAAGAUGAGAAAACUGGGGACGUGAUGUCUCAUUCAUUUGGAGAAGGGUAUUCAACGAGGUCUGAUGAAGAAGGAUUCGGUGGGAUUUAUGGAGGAAACCAGUCGGUUAAUAAUGUUGAAAUGGACAAGAAAAUCCAUGAGAAUCACCCUGCUUAUGACAAGACUCAGGGAAGCGAAGUGAAGGAGAAGGAGAAAGCGCGACACCAGACCAAUGGGCAGUCUUAAUGAACUACUUUCGUAUGGAAUGGGCUUUGUUUUUUUUUUUUUAAUAAUUUUGUUUGAGAAAUCCACAUCGCGAAGCACUUGGUACUUUUGCUUUUAAUUUUUUUUUUUAAAUAUAUAAUAAUUAUUGGGCAAUGAUUACUUUGUUAUUGAAAUUCAACUUUUGGCUUGA